AUUCUUUGAGGUCGGGGGUGAGAAAGAGAGGGAAACGGAAAUAGAAACCAACCAAUUCGGUGAAGGCAGGCUUGAAAAUGGGGAUCGGUCGCAGAGUUCCAGUUGGACCACAGAGAAACAUUUUGGGCGUACCAAAACAGCGUCCCUCCCACAUUACGCUCUUUGUCCAUGACCACCUGAGUGGAAAUGAUUUAGUGUUCAAGAUGAAGAGAAGCACUCAGCUGAGGAGGCUUAAGAUUGCUUACUGUGAUCGGAAGUCGGUAGAGUUCAACUGUACGAGAUUCGCUUACGAUGGUGUUGCUCUUAUAUCCAGCCGGACUCCAGAUGAGUAUGAUCUUGAGACUGGAGAUGUAAUUGAUGCAUUUCCGGUGCCAAGAGGAGGAGGAGCGCCAUGAAGUGAAGGGUAGAUAGCUGUGGUAGCAAAAAAAAAUGAAGGCUAGAUAAUAGUGGUUGCAAGCCAUUUGGUUUUGGUUCGCAGUGUCUGAUCUGUUGUUGAGGCUUGAAACCAAUGAAACAAUUGUAUGUUUUUGUCAUGACUUUUCAAAUUGGAAUGAAAAAAACCAAUCAGUUUAUUUGUGCCAAAUA